AUGGCCAACCGCCCGCGCAAGCGGCCCCGGCCUGACUCGCCCACAGCCCUCCCGGACUCGCUGCACCCGACUCACCCCGUGCUGGCGCGUUUCUACGCCCGCGUCGUGCCGCUGCGCGCCUACCUGCUCGCCCAGCUGCCGCCAUCGUCCAGGGCCCGUCGCCGCCGCCUCGCCGCCCACGCCCACCAUGACGACGAACUCACGCGCCUGCUGGACGACACGCUGGUCGGCGUGCUGACGCCCCGGAACCCCGGUGCUGCUGCUGCCGCCGCCCGCCAGCGCGACUUCGCCGCCUUCACCCAGUCGCAGUCCGCCCGCGACACCACCGCCGUCGCCGCCGCCAGCUCCGUCGUCGAGCUCGUCGACUUCGCCGUCCUCGCGCUCUUCCGCGCCCACCGCGGGCCCUACGCCCGCCCCGCCCACCUGCUCUGCCAUGGCUUCGCCCGCGCCGCGCCCGCCCCCCCCGCCGCCCCCGCCGCCGCCCUGCCCGGCCUCGUCCCGCUCGUGCCCAACCCGCACGUCUCGCGCCUCAAGGCCCAUCCCUGGCCCGCCCUGCUCGACCUGCUGGGCGCCGCUGCCGAGGACCUCCUGCUGCACCUGCUGCUCGACUGCGGCUUGUUUACGGCCCUCGACCGCGCCCGCGGCACCUACUGCCAGCUGAGCGGCAUCCCGCUGGUCGACCUCCCCCUCCUCGACCCGGCCAACACCACUCCUCCCGCCGACCGGCACUCCCCCCACCACAUCGUCUUCGUCCGCAACCGCAUGCUCUAUGCCCGCCCCGAGCUCAAUGCCCAGCGCCGCGUCAAGCUCGGCCUGCAGCACAUCCACGUCCUCAACCGCUACCGCGACUGCACCAACCCCCGCCACACCCUCCACGUCAUGAAGUACAUCUUCCCGCGCCAGUUCGGCCUGCACAACGUCUUCACCUCCGCCGUCGACCCCAAAACCACCGUCCAGCCCUUCAAGGACUACACCCUGCGCGAGGACGAGAUCGCCGCCCAGCAGAACCCCAACAAGCUGCCCAAGAGGCUGCGCGGCCUGCCGCUGCGGCUCGUGCAGAAGCUCCAGAAACGCCACCAGCGCUGCUCCUACGUCGAGCUGCUGAAAUACUACUGCCCCAUUCAAGGGCCGCCCGAGCCGGACCCCGAUUCGGCGCAGCCAAUGACCAGCUUUGCGACCCCCAUGGCGCUGGUCUCGGCGUUCUGUCGCGCCGCCCUGCAGAAGGUCGUCCCCAACGACCUAUUCGGCACAGGCGAGGACGGCCAGCGCAACCGCGCCGUGGUGAUGCGCCAGGUCGAUCGUUUCAUUCACCUGCGCAGGUUCGAAAGCUUGUCGCUGCAUGAAGUUGCGCAGGGGCUGAAGAUCUCCUGCAUCGAAUGGCUCGCGCCGCCACAGCAGCAAACCACCAAAAAGCCCUGCCUGUCCGACGCCCGAAAACGCCGCGAGAUCUUCCUCGAGCUGCUGUACUACCUCUUCGACUCGCUCCUGAUCCCGCUGGUCCGCGCCAACUUCUACGUCACCGAGUCCAGCGCCCACCGCAACCGCCUCUUCUACUUCCGCCACGACCGCUGGCGCGCGCUCGUCGCGCCGUCCCUCGCCCGCCUCACCACCUCCGUCUUCGAGGAGGUCGACCGCUCGACCGCCGCGCGCCACGCCCUCGGCUGCAGCGCCCUGCGCAUGCUGCCCAAGCGCGCCGGCGCGCGGCCCAUCGCCAACCUGCGCCGCCGCCCCGUGGUGGUCAAGGCCCGCUGGCCCGGCGGGAACAAGAAGACGACCGAGCUGGGGCCCAGCAUCAACAUGCUCCUAGCGCCCGUGUUCCAGACGCUCAACUACGAGAAGGCGCGGCGGCCCGCGCUGCUGGGGGCGGCGGCCAUGGGCGGCGUGGGCGACUUGCAUCUCCGGCUGAAGCGGUUUCGCGAGGCGCUGCUGCAGCGCAACGCGAGUGACGGCGGUGCGGAGCGCCCGCUGUACUUCGUCAAGCUGGACGUGCAGGCGUGCUUCGACACCAUCCCGCAGAAACGCCUGCUGCGGCUGGUGGAGCAGCUGGUGUCGGAGGACGAGUACCGCCUGAGCAAGUAUGCGGAGGUGGGCGUGCCGUAUCAUUCUUUCCUGGGCGGUGGCGCCACGGAGCCCGCGGCCAAGCCCGCGCGCAAGUUUGUGUCCAGAGCCGCGGCGAGCAUGGACUUCCAGACGGCGUACGACUUCGUGCGCGACUCGCACGGCCGCGGCGCGACGCGCAGCCACACGGUGUUCGUCGACAUCGGCCAGCACCGGCGGCUCGCCGCGAACGACGUGCUGGCGCUGCUGGAGCAGCACGUGCGACACCACGUGGUGCGCAUCGGGCGCAAGUUCUUCCGGCAGGCGCGCGGCAUCCCGCAGGGCUCGGUGGUGUCGGGCGCGCUGUGCAAUCUGUUCUACGCGCAGCACGAGCGCGAGCGCCUGGCCUUCGUGCAGCGCGCCGAGGACCGCGCGCCCGGCUCCGCGCUGCUGCUGCGCCUGAUCGACGACUACCUGCUGGUCACCACCGCCGAGGACGUGGCGCGCCGCUUCCUGCGCGUCAUGCUGGCCGGCGAUCCCGACUAUGGCAUCUCCGUCGCGCCCGGCAAGACGCUGGUCAACUUCACGACCACUGAUCCCGCGGCCCCCAUCCUUCGCGUCGUCGCCGGCCGCCAGUUCCCGUUCUGCGCGCACCUCAUCGACACGCGCACGCUGGCCGUCAGCAAGGACCGGCGCGCGCCCGACGCCGACGCCGACAACCACGACCUGCACCUGCGCGACACGCUGACCGUCGACACCGCGCCGCGCCGCCGCUCCCUGCGCCGGCCCGGCGCCGCCUUCGCCAGCAAGACGCUGGCCGGCUUCAAGCUGCAGCUGCACGCCAUGUUCGUGGACCCCGCGCACAACGCGCCGCGCGUGGUGCUGGCCGCCAUCCACGCCGCCUUCGUCGACACCGCGAUGAAAAUGCACGCCUACUUCCGGGUCCUCCAGCGCCGCCGCCGCCGCCGCCGUUCGUCAUCCUCAUCCUCUACGGCACUGUUCACGCGCACCGUCGCCGCGCUGCUCGCCUUCGCCGUGCCGCUCGUGCGUCGCCUGCAGGUGCGCGCCGCCAACAGUACCAGCAGCAGGAUCGUGCCCGGCGCGCACGUGCGCUGGCUGGGCGUGCAGGCGUUCCGCGCGGUGCUGGCGCGCAAGCCGAGCGGGAUGCACGCCGUGGUGCGCUGGUUGGCGGCGCAGACACCACCCAUCCCGUCGGCGGCGGCGGCGGGCGUGCUGCGCGCGGUCGUGCGCGAUGGGCAGGCGGCCGUGCGGCGGACGCGGUUCUGA